AUGCCCAGAAAAUGCAAUCACUUGGAUAAGAAGAGGAAAACGUUAGUUCAGAACUACGAACUGUUAAUCAGUCGAAUCAUCUAUCCAUUGAGCUCCAAGGAUUCCCAACUUAAAGUGAGUCGUUUUUUGGUAUUUUGGACAUUUCUAUCUCGCAAUGCUUAGUUUGAAAUGUAAUGGUUAGUUAUAACUUGAAGUUUAAAUGAGAAUUUUAGAAUUUUAGUUUUUUUACUCUAGUACAAUCUGAUAUUUUUGGCUUUUUAUCUUAUAUUGUUUUAGUUGCGGACAGUGCAAUGUGAAGUAUGUGAACGAAGGGCAUUGCCAAUGAUGUGUUGUUGUUUAAUGUGUCCAACAGUGGCUUGUCUAGAACAUUUUGGACCGCAUUAUUCGCAAACUGGGCAUGGUAUAAGUGAGUUUGGCUUGUUUUUGUUAUUUUCUUGAAUUUUAGGUAACUCAGCGACUGAAAUUGGGUCAAGAUUUAGAAUUUGAACUUCUAUACUUUUUCAAAAAUUUAGAGGAUUGAAUUAGUUUUAAAAAGACGUCUUUUUGCUGUUUUUUAUAUUGUAGUAGAAGACUAUAUAGUAUAUACCUGAAAUUUCAAUUUUCAGUAGCAUCAACGACGUUUGGUCAAAUGUUUUGUCUAGAAUGCAAAGACUUUGUCUAUGACAACCACAUAGAAUCCCUACGAUUAAAAGCCGAGAACGAUCAUCGUAGACGGUUAGGGUUGGGUCUACGGAACGAAUGGAAUCCGUCUCCAUCAGAUGGUCGAAUCUUGAGGAAAGCUCGAAGAUCCUAUCGACUGACGAUAGACACGAUGAGAGGGCUUCGGGGGUUGGUGAAUCUGGGCAAUACAUGUUUCAUGAACUGCAUUAUACAGUCGCUGGUGCAGAUCCCAUCUCUACGAGAUUAUUUCUUAACAGAUCAACAUUGCUGCAAGUUUGGCGACGUCGGUCAGGUGGACAACUUUUGUUUAAUGUGCGAGUUGGCCACUAUUUUUCAAGUGAGUGUUGUUUUUAAUUUUGGGAGUUGUUUUGAAGAGAUUAAAGGUUUAAAAUGACAUACAAACCUAGUUUCAUAUUAAAAAAUAGUAUUUUUUGCUACAAAUAUGAAUUUUAUGUCAAGGAAGGUCAGAAAUUGCGUAGAAUUACUUUUUUGAGAUCAAAAAAUUUUUAAAAUUUCCUAUUUUAGGAAUUUUAUAACAGUAACACUGAAGAGCCGUUCAUUCCUCGUCGAAUGUUGCACUUGGUGUGGAAGCACGCCAAACACUUAGCCGGUUACGAACAACACGAUGCUCACGAAUUUUUAAUAGCUGCACUUAACGUCCUACAUCAACAUUCCCAGAGUUUAUCCAGUCCGCACAAGGGCCACGAGUGUAAAUGUAUCAUAGACAAACUGUUCACGGGUAAACUACAGUCGGAUCUGACGUGUAUGAAGUGCGGGUAGGUGUUUUAUUAGCUACAACAUAUUAGUUAUUGGGUCAGGUUCUUUGUUUUUAGGUAAUAAUUUUUUAUUUUUCAAAAAUUUUAAAAUCUUGCACGGUGCAAUGACUAUUUUUGAGUUCGGUUUUUAUUAAAUUGCACAGUGCAGAUUUUCUUUUUGGAAUACUAAGUAAAAUGGUUUUUUAUUCAAUACAUAUCAUAUAAUAUCGUUUUAGACGUGUAUCCACUACAGUAGACCCAUUUUGGGAUAUUUCACUUGAUCUCGGUGAUGGCACUUCAACAGAUCGUACUCUAGAGGACUGUUUGGCAAAGUUUGUUGUUAUUAUUCUUUUUUAAAACGAUUGAAAGUUUUACCUUAUCUAAACUCUUUUUAUUCUUCUUUUAUUAACUUUAGGAAUCGGUCAAAACGUACAUAGAAACUUUUUAUCUUGUUCUAAAGGCCUCUUUUGUGUUUUUACGUCAUUUUUGGCUUGAAUGUUGUUGUAUAAGGAGUGAAUGAUGUUUUUAUGUAUAUUGGUAUACUCAAUUUCAGCUAUGUCAAAUCAGAGUCGCUAGGUGCAACAGCAAAGAUAAAAUGUGAAUCCUGUGGAAGUUAUGAGUCAGCCACCAAACGACUGACUCUAAAGAAGCUACCUUUAGGUAAAUAUUUUUUUUAUGUUUGAUAAUGACAUGUAUAUCACUGUAUUUAAAAGUUAUAUGCAUAUCACUAUGUCUCGUAGCUAAUACUGCCUUUUUUCAAAUUUUUUGAUAAUAAAUCCUCUGCGACCAAACUUCAUACCUAAAAUUGCCACUUUCAGUUGCCUGUUUCCACUUAAAACGCUUUGAACACACACUGGCUAACAGGCGGAAGAAGAUACGAAUCCCGGUGAGAUUCCCGGAACAAAUCGACCUCACACCGUACACGACAUCGUACUGUACGACGAAGAAUGGGAUAGGCACGUAUGCAGUCAAUGAACAACUCAUUGAGUCCAGUAAUGUGUAAGUUGACGUUUCAUCUGAGUUGAAGUUUUAUUUUGUGGUAUUCUGGUCAGAAAGUACAUAGAAUUUCAAGCUUCAUUAUUUUUGGUCAAAAAAUACCUGGAAGUUUUCGUUUUUUUAAACUUUUUAGUCGGAAAGUCUGCAUAUUGAAGCAGUUUCACACUGUAGAUGUACACGCUGUAUUUCGAUUUUUCUAUAUAAUUUUUGACCGAAAUGCUAAAUCUUUCCAAAGUCUUGAUAGAUAACAUCCAUAAUUUCAAUGUUAUCACCACAUAACCACUACAACCUCCAGCCGUCUCAGUCAGCGUCUAUACCUUGCUUUUAGUACCACCAAAUUUAGAUACGAUCUCUUGGCGGUAGUGAAUCACAACGGGAACACGGAAAGCGGGCACUACUCGUGUUUCGUCCGCCACAAAGACAACCAGUGGUACAAGGUGAACGACCAAAUCAUAACAUCGCAGGUGCUGGAGAGCGUCCUCGCUUCCGAAGGCUACCUGCUCUUCUACACAAAGAGCUUUAUCGACUAUGAUUGA